AUGGACUCGUCGCUUCUUGAUAAGAAAGUCCUUCCUCCCUCGUACCAGGCCACGACCACGACCACGACGAGCAGCCAACCCCAAGCGACGACGCCUAUGUCGAUCCCAAACGGAGGGAAUCGAAACGUUCGAAACCUCCCUCUCGACGAGGAGGGCAAACGCGAUUGGAGCUUCGAUAUUCUGGACUGCUUAGGAGAUGUUGACACUUAUUGCCUGUCCUGUUGGUGCCCCUGCAUCGCCCACGCGCAUAAUCGCCGUCGUCUCUUAUACCUCAACGCCUACGGCGUCCCCCAUCCGAACAGAGAAAGAAUCGUCGAGGGAGAUAGUGUUAUCUAUGCUGCUUUUGAGGCGUUCUUCAGUGCGGGAUGGCUUCUUCAAAUCUUCACAAGGGGCGGCAUCCGCGAACGCUACAACAUUCAAGGAAACGGGGCACACGAUUGCAUUGCCACUUUUUGUUGCCAGACGUGCGAUCUUGUUCAGGGGAGUCGGGAGCUGCGAUUGGAGGAAGAGAGCUUCGAGAAUCAGAGAAGUUGA